UGUUGUUGAAAAUGAUGGAAAAUUUCCCAAAUUUUCCGACGACUCCAUCCUCUUCAACCUCCCUCUCUCUGCAGAAAAUGCUGAUUUCUCGAGCUUCCGAGCUCGGCGGAAUCCAUGGAGGUGUCUCCGGUGGGGUUCCUCUGUUGUCGGAUGGAGUAGAUUUGUCGGAGAAGAAGGAGGGUGUGCCGGCGGCCGGACAGGGAGGUUAUGAACAGAAGAAGAAGACGAUGAGCCGGAGAUUUUCUUUUCAAACAAGAAGUCAAGUUGAUAUUCUUGAUGAUGGUUAUAAAUGGAGAAAGUAUGGACAGAAGGCUGUGAAGAACAACAAAUUCCCAAGAAGCUACUACAGAUGUACACACCAAGGGUGCAAAGUGAAGAAGCAAGUGCAAAGGCUAACAAGAGAUGAAGAGGUGGUGGUCACAACUUAUGAAGGCAUCCACACUCAUCCCAUUCUCAAACCCACUGAUAACUUCGAGUAUAUUUUGAGUCGUAUGCAAAUUUACGCUUCAUAUUGAUCAUUUUUCAACCUUUAUUCAACUCGCGUAAUAAAUUUUAUUAUAAUUUUUUCUUCGUAAACACAAUAAAUUUUCCUUUAUGUUCAUUCGAGUAUAUAGGGUUACUAUGCAUGAAAUUGAUAUGCGUUGGACCCAGAUGAACAUCUAGAUGAUUUAUUGCACAUAAAAGUGAUAAAUAUAGAACCAA